CAGCCCCGGGACACCCCCGGCAGAGCCCCCAGAGCCAUGGAGUCGGUGGCCCUGUACAGCUUCCAGGCGACGGAGCAGGACGAGCUGCCCUUCCAGAAAGGGGACACCCUGAAGAUCCUCAACAUGGAAGAUGACCAGAACUGGUACAAGGCUGAGCUGUUCGGCUGCGAGGGCUUUGUCCCCAAAAACUACAUCAAGGUCAAGCCACACCCGUGGUACGCGGGCAGGAUCUCCCGGUACCUGGCAGAGGAGCGGCUGCUCCAGCGCGAUCACCUGGGAGCCUUCCUGAUCCGCGACAGCGAGAGCGCCCCGGGAGAGUUCUCCCUCUCCGUCAACUACGGGAAGAACGUCCAGCACUUCAAGGUGCUCAGGGAGAGGAACGGCAAAUAUUUCCUCUGGGAGGAAAAGUUCAACUCCCUCAACAAGCUGGUGGAUUUCUACAGGAUGACCACAGUCGCCAAAGAGCAGCAGAUUUUCCUGUGGGACAAGGACCAGACCCAGGAGGUGAAGAGACCCCGAUACGUGCAAGCUCAGUUUGAUUUCUCCGCCCAGGAGGGCUCCCAGCUGCCCUUCCUCCGUGGGGACAUCAUUGAGGUCCUGGACUGCCCCGACCCCAGCUGGUGGCGGGGGAAGAUCUACGGCCGCGUUGGGCUCUUCCCCCGGCGCUACGUCCACCCCAUCUGCCAGUGACCGUCACCGCUGGUCCUGGCCCCAGUGUCCUCACUCACCAGAGCUGCCUCGUGCCUGUCCUGAGUGUCCACUCACCCCUGAGUGUCCCCAGGAUGGUGCCUGACCCUUGUGAAACCUCAGCUGUGGCUCCCCUGUUCCCCAGAGCUCCAUGACCCCCAGGGACGGGGCUGGCAGCGCCGCUCCCCGGGGAGGGAGUGGGCAGUGUUCAACCAUGGCCAUAAAAACUUUUCCAGAGCCACAAUCCAGUGGGAUGAGAGCAACAGAGGGGGUGAGCCCAAAACCCCAAACUUUGGCUCUUCUCCAAAUCCCCAGCUCCAGGGAGAGCUGCAGGCAGCCGGGACACAACCAGGAUCCACAACUCCACGGAGGAAUUCCAGGACUCAGGGUACCAGGGAAGGCUGAUCCAGGGGGAUUCCAUGCAGCAGGUGCUGUUCAGAGCUGCAAUUUGUGGCACUUUUUUAUAUUCUUUUUUAUUUAGG